ACGGCUCCCGCCGCCGCCGCCGCCGCCGCCUUCUCCUCCGGCCCGGCGCUGCGCCGGAGCCCCUGGACUUGGCCUCUAGCAGCCGCAGCUCUGAGGCCAUCUCGGCCCCGUCCCCUCCUCCUCCUCCUCCUCCUCCUUUCUCCUCCUCUCCCGUCGUCGGCCUCCUCCUCCUCCCUGCAUCCCCGCCGCCAUUGGGCGAAUAGCCAGUAAAUACGUGCGCGUCUCGCUGCCUCCCCCGGCGGCCGCCCGCUCCCUGCCCGCCGCCGCCGCCGCCGGAGCCCAGCAGCCCGAAGCUCAGCCCCCGCCCGACCAGGCCGCCACCCCGCCUCCUGGGCCUCCCCGGCGCGGCCGCCAGCCUCUCCUCCUCCUCCAGCGCUCGCCGCCGCCGUCGCCGCCGCCGCCGCCGGUGGUCAACGCAGGCCCGCAGCCGCCGCCGCCGCCGCCUCUUCCCCCCGCCAAGGCCCAGGUGGACGAGCCCGAGCUCCCGCAGCCGCCGCCCGACAUGAACCACCACCACCAGCAGCCGCCGCCGCAGCAGCAGAAGCCCGGGGAGCAGCAGCUGAGCGAGCCCGAGGACAUGGAGAUGGAAGCUGGAGAUGCUGAUGAUCCACCAAGAAUUACUCAAAAUCCAGUCAUCAAUGGAAAUGUAGCAAUGGCUGAUGGUCAUAACAACACCGAAGAAGACAUGGAAGAUGACACAAGCUGGAGGUCGGAAGCGACGUUUCAGUUCACAGUUGAACGUUUCAACAGGCUGAGUGAAUCAGUCCUAAGUCCUCCCUGCUUCGUACGGAACCUUCCAUGGAAGAUCAUGGUGAUGCCACGGCUUUAUCCAGACAGGCCGCACCAAAAAAGUGUAGGGUUCUUUCUUCAGUGCAAUGCCGAGUCUGAUUCCACGUCAUGGUCUUGUCAUGCGCAAGCAGUGCUCAAGAUCAUAAAUUACAAGGACGACGAGAAGUCUUUCAGUCGCCGCAUCAGCCACUUGUUCUUUCAUAAGGAAAAUGACUGGGGCUUUUCCAACUUUAUGUCGUGGAGUGAAGUUACUGAUCCAGAUAAAGGCUACAUAGAGGAUGACAAAGUAACUUUUGAAGUGUAUGUUCAAGCCGAUGCUCCACACGGCGUGGCGUGGGAUUCCAAGAAGCAUACAGGAUAUGUGGGGCUGAAGAACCAGGGAGCAACCUGUUAUAUGAACAGCUUAUUACAGACGUUAUUUUUCACAAACCAGCUACGAAAGGCUGUGUACAUGAUGCCCACAGAAGGAGAUGACUCAUCAAAAAGUGUUCCUUUAGCAUUGCAGAGAGUGUUCUACGAGCUUCAGCAUAGCGACAAACCAGUAGGAACUAAGAAACUAACAAAAUCUUUUGGAUGGGAGACUUUAGACAGCUUCAUGCAACAUGACGUUCAGGAACUGUGUCGAGUGUUGCUUGAUAAUGUUGAAAACAAAAUGAAAGGCACCUGUGUAGAAGGCACCAUCCCUAAAUUAUUCAGGGGGAAAAUGGUGUCGUAUAUUCAGUGCAAACACGUAGACUAUCGGUCUGAACGAAUAGAGGAUUAUUAUGACAUCCAACUAAGUAUAAAGGGAAAGAAAAAUAUAUUUGAAUCCUUCAUUGUUUACGUUGCAGUGGAACAGCUAGAUGGGGAUAAUAAAUACGAUGCAGGAGAACAUGGUUUGCAGGAAGCAGAAAAAGGUGUAAAGUUCCUAACAUUGCCACCUGUGUUGCACCUACAACUCAUGAGGUUCAUGUAUGACCCUCAGACUGACCAGAACAUCAAGAUAAACGAUAGAUUUGAAUUUCCAGAUCAGUUGCUUCUUGAUGAAUUUUUGCAAAAAACAGACCCUAAAGAUGCUGCAAACUACAUACUUCAUGCAGUGCUAGUACACAGUGGAGAUAACCAUGGUGGACAUUAUGUUGUUUACUUGAACCCUAAAGGGGAUGGAAAAUGGUGUAAAUUUGACGACGACGUUGUAUCUAGAUGUACAAAAGAAGAAGCAAUUGAACAUAACUACGGAGGCCAUGAUGAUGACUUAUCUGUACGGCACUGUACCAAUGCGUAUAUGUUGGUUUAUAUCAGGGAGUCAAAAUUAAGUGAGGUUUUGCAGGCAGUCAUGGACCAUGAUAUCCCUCAGCAAUUAGUGGAACGGCUGCAAGAAGAGAAGAGAAUAGAGGCUCAAAAGAGGAAGGAGAGGCAAGAAGCCCACCUCUACAUGCAAGUGCAGAUAGUCACAGAGGACCAGUUCUGCGGCCAUCAAGGCAAUGACAUGUAUGAUGAAGAAAAAGUGAAAUACACUGUGUUCAAAGUGUUGAAAAAUUCGACACUUGCAGAAUUCGUUCAAAACCUUUCUCAAACAAUGGGCUUUCCACAAGAUCAAAUUCGGUUGUGGCCAAUGCAAGCCCGAAGUAAUGGGACGAAAAGGCCGGCCAUGUUAGACAAUGAAGCUGAUGGCAAUAAAACUAUGAUUGAGCUCAGUGACAAUGAAAAUCCGUGGACAAUAUUCUUGGAAACGGUCGAUCCAGAAAUGGCUGCUACAGGGGCAACAUUACCCAAGUUCGACAAAGACCAUGAUGUAAUGCUGUUCCUGAAGAUGUAUGAUCCAAAGACACGGAGUUUGAAUUACUGUGGACAUAUCUACACACCUAUAUCCUGUAAAAUACGUGACUUGCUGCCAGUUAUGUGUGAAAGAGCAGGAUUUCCCCAGGAAUCUAAUCUUAUCCUCUAUGAGGAAGUUAAACCGAAUUUAACGGAGAGAAUUCAAGACUAUGAUGUUUCCCUCGACAAAGCUCUUGAUGAACUCAUGGAUGGUGACAUCAUUGUGUUUCAAAAGGAUGACCCCGAGAAUGAUAACUGUGAACUACCGACAGCAAAAGAAUACUUUCGGGACCUGUACCACCGAGUUGAUGUCAUCUUCUGUGACAAAACAAUCCCCAAUGAUCCCGGUUUUGUCGUCACGUUGUCCAACAGAAUGAAUUAUUUUCAGGUUGCAAAGACGGUCGCCCAAAGGCUUAAUACAGAUGCUAUGCUACUACAGUUUUUCAAGUCCCAAGGUUAUAGAGAUGGCCCAGGUAACCCUCUUAGACAUAAUUAUGACGGAACUUUAAGAGAUCUCCUGCAGUUCUUCAAGCCUAGACAACCUAAGAAACUUUAUUAUCAGCAGCUUAAAAUGAAAAUCACAGACUUUGAAAACAGGAGAAGUUUUAAGUGCAUAUGGCUAAAUAGCCAAUUUAGGGAAGAGGAAAUAACACUAUAUCCAGACAAGCAUGGAUGUGUGCGGGACUUAUUAGAUGAAUGUAAAAAAGCUGUAGAACUUGCUGAGAGAGGUUCAGGGAAAUUAAGGCUGCUAGAAAUUGUAAGUUACAAAAUAAUUGGUGUCCAUCAGGAAGAUGAAUUGUUAGAGUGUUUAUCGCCAGCAACGAGUCGGACGUUUCGAAUAGAGGAAAUCCCCCUGGAUCAGGUAGAUCUAGAUAAGGAGAAUGAGAUGCUCAUUACAGUGGCUCAUUUCCAGAAAGAAGUUUUUGGGACAUUUGGCACUCCUUUCUUGCUAAGGAUACACCAGGGUGAACAUUUUCGAGAGGUGAUGAAGAGGAUUCAGACAGUACUGGACAUCCAGGAAAAGGAAUUUGAAAAGUUUAAGUUUGCCAUUGUAAUGAUGGGUCGACACCAGUAUCUAAAUGAAGAUGAAUAUGAAGUGAACUUGAAAGAUUUUGAGCCCCAACCCGGCAACAUGUCUCAUCCAAGGCCAUGGCUAGGGCUUGACCAUUUCAACAAAGCCCCAAAGAGAAGUCGCUACACAUACCUUGAAAAAGCUAUUAAAAUCCAUAACUGACUUACCCUCUCCAGUUUGUUCGAGGCAAAAGGGGCAACAAUAAGUGUGUGCGUGUGCGUGCGUGUGUGUGUGUGUGUGUGUGUGUGCGCACCUUUUUAACAACCGUAGGACUUUUGGUACACGUGCACUCGAUCGGAAGUCUCCAGCAAGAAGAUUUGCUGCUGAUUUAUUAAGUUUAUUUUGAGGCUGUUCAGUUUGGCUUCUCUGUAUCUAUUAUUGACUGCCCUGGGUUUUUUGUUUUUUUUUUUUUGGAGCAAAAAUGAAGGUGUUUUAUAAAAGCUUGGGUGCCAAUGAGAGUUUUUAUGGGAAAUGUUAACAAGGCAAGAUUGUCGGCGUAACAAGGGAAGGGUUGAGUAGAACAGUUGACAUUGGCAAAAUAUUUGUCUGUAGUACAUUGAACGGGGCGGCCUGUGCUGGCCCCCCUCCCCUCCCCUCCCUCCCCUCCCUCCCCUCCCCUCCCUUCCCUUCCUCCUCCCAAAUGCGUGGUACCUGCCAUCACUGCAGCUCGCUGGCACUAUGGUUAGGCUCACGUUCAAUUUAUUUCCUUCAGUUAUAUACUUUAAAUGACAUUUUUGUGCAUUUGUAAAUGCAAAAGAGAAACUCACGUCAUCAAUAAAUAGCAAUCUCUACA